AUGGGACAAUCAUCGAGUAUGUCUUCCGAUUCAUCAACAUCAAGCAUGCAAGAUUUAGAUACAAAUAUGUCGUCGUCGUCAACAUCGUCAUCGUAUAUCCCAUAUACAGCUGGAAGAACAACAGCAGCCAUCGUUCCAUCGUCGACAUUUCCUGGUGUCGAUGUCGUGCUUCUUCGAACAGCAAAAGUAAAUGUCAAUGAAGCGAUGGAACAACUUUUUCUACAAUUACCAAAUGAAUAUCUCAAACGUGCUGGAGAAUACUAUACAAUAUUUUUGGACAUUCAUCAUCAAACUCAACGAGACGCCUAUGUGAGUGGUCAACUCAGAGAUGAGUUUACAUGGCCAACAUCAUUUCCCGAUUGUACACCAGCACUACGACAAUUUGUCGAUCGAUGGAUUCAAGAGGAAUUGCCUCGUCAAAGUCAAGCUAAGUGUCUUAUUUUAAUUGGACCAGCAAGUACAGGUAGAUUGAUAGUUAUCAAUUAUUCUNUUUUUCUACUCAUCAGUCAAUUUAUCUCAUUAACAGACGGUCUACAAUCGUGGUUAUCCAACGAAAAUCAAUGUUUGCCAGCCUGCUAUCGUGCUUCUCAAUCCUGGCUCCUCUGA